AUGGCCGCCGGCGCCUUCUUGGAACUCCUGGAGUGGCUUCGAGAGGUGCUCCUGCAGGACGCUGUCUUCCUUCGCGAGUCCUACCCGACCAUCCUAUCUUUCAGGAUCCGCAAAGUUCAAGACACAUGCACACGGGACCACGAAGACAGCCAUACCACGGUCAUUCAAAAAGCGAUCCCGGUGGUUGCGGAGAAGCUGCGCACAGUACUGACUCAACAGACCUUUGGGGCUUCUUACGAACUAUGCACAAAGUUGGAUGAGUUUGCGCAGGCCACCUACACCGUCACCUUCAGCCCCGGCCAAGGUGCUGCAGGUCAACAUGCGGAGAUCGCGGGAGCUCAUCAACAGAGGCGCCGCGCUCCACGAGAGACGGUCCUCAGGUCCGAGAUAGGCCCUUCGCAAGCGGGCGGUCCGACAUACGCUCCGCUCUCUAGAGCAGCAGCAGGAAUGGUGCAAGCGGGCCAGGGCAAGCCCCAGGGAAGAGCGCAUGGCGAGCCGCCUGGGCCGCGCGAACCUCCGAGCUUCAAGCUCCCCGGCUGGGGCGAAAUGCCUUCUGUGGAUUCUCUUGAGCGAGACUGGGGUGCUCGAUGGCGGCCAUCUGCAGAGAAGAAUUACCUUUCCACGCGCAAGAUCAUCGUCGAUGAGGUUCGGAGGCGGGCCCAGUCGGACGGCUUAACUGAAGAUAUCGUGGCGAGGCAAAUGGACGAAGAACGUGGACCCAGCUCUUUGGAUAAGUUGUUCAAGGCCAUCCGAAAGGACAGGCAAGGCGAAAAGGGACACAAACGUGCGUCGGGGCAAUUCAACGUCGGUGGUAGCGAAAAGUCGAUGGCGCAGUGA